ACGACGACGACGACGAUUUAUUUGGCCAAACAUUCGACAUUCGCAAACAUUCCAAUAAGCAUAUAAAUUGACAAUGUAAACAAAAUUUUUCCUCUAAUUAAUUAAAUGAUAAUGAAACAAAAUGAUAAUAUCAACAUCGACGACAACAACAACAAUGAUGAUGAUGAUGAAUUUAUCAUUGAAUUUGGAUCAUCCUGGAAAUAUUCUGCUACUUCAACAUCAACAGCCUCAACAACAAUCACAUUUUUAUGAAUCAGAUAUUAUGAUUCGAUCGAAUCAUAAUCGAUUUAAUGAUAAUAAUAAUUAUAAUUAUGCAACAAUCAUUAAUUAUGAUCCAAAUAAUAAUGAUCAUUUAAAUCAUCAACAACAACAACAACAACAUUCAUUGCAAUUAAUGUCACCAACAACAUUUUUAUCAGCGACAAUCAUAUUGACAAUUGUAACCAUACUGGCAACACCAAGUAAUAUUCUUGUUAUUUGGGUUGUAGUGAAAACACCAACAUUACGAAUAAAAGCUGUUAAUAUGUUGAUAGUAAAUCUAUGUUUAUUAGAUUUGAUUGCAUCAUUAUUAGAUCUACCGCUUAUAUGGAUCAUUUUACAUUUUAAUUAUAAUCAUAUUCGUUUCGAUAGAAUUAUUUGUAAUUUCCAAUUAUUCAUACAUCAUCUUACAAUAUCCGGACAAUUAUUAUCAUUUGCAUCAGUUGGUUAUGAACGUUAUCAUACAGUAUCGAAUCCAUUUGAUAAAGAAAAAGUACGAAAAAUUACACAUUUUUUAGUUAUCAAUAUAUGGCUGUUAGCUAUAUUGAUACCAGCAUUAGAAUUACAAUUUGCACCCGAUACAAUUGAUUAUGCAUUUUGUACACGUUCAAUACGUGGUACUGGUCAUUUAGGAAUCCUGUUUAUAAUGUUACCAUUUGGUUUAGUUUGUUUUCUAUUUGUUGCAUAUUUUUAUGCACGUAUUGUUACAUUAGUAAAAAAACAUUGUAAAAAUGUUAACACUACAUGUCGUAAAUAUGUUAGUGUUACUUUUGGUAACGGAACAGACAUAUCAAAUGGAUCAGAAUUACCAUCAAUCUAUGGUGAAGUAUGUGUUCUUGAUUCAAGGAAUCGUUCACUUGGCAAACGAAAAAUUGAAGCCGAAACAGCAAAACGUUCAUUUUUUGUUAUUGUAUCAUUUGUUGCAUUCACAUUGCCUUAUCCAUUAACGAUAAUCAUUGAAAGAAUAAUGAAUUAUCAAAAUCAACAACCACAACCAGAUCAAAAAUCAUUAUGGUUUGAAUUAGAAUAUUGUUUAAAUGUUAUGUCACUAUUAUCAUCAGCAUUUAAUCCAAUUAUAUAUGGUCUUGCUAAUCGACAAUUUCGUAAUGCAUUCAACAAAAUUUGUCAUCGUUAUUAUCGUCGUUAUAAAUCACGUGAUUAUAUCUAAGAGACAAACAAAACAUAAAAAUGGUGAUGAAAAAUAAACCCAAAACAAUAUCUGCUAGCCUAAUGGAUUGUUCCAGCAACAACAGCAGAU